UGGAGUACAAUUGGUUACAUAGAUUUUAGUUAAUCGCUUGUAAACGUCAGCUUGACAGGUAUUUAAAGGGUCUGAGUUAACCAUUGUUAACGCCCAUUAGGCAGUGUUUGUUUUGCGCAUUUGAAGGAUAUAAACAAGAUCUCAUCGGAAAUCAUCAGUUCUCCCCGUAUGCAGCUCAGGCGGUAUUGUGUAUUAACGAAGUUAGCACUGAUUAGAACACACAACGGUAUUUAUCAUCAUAACCUCUACGGCUUUUGACAACUUGUUAUCACUUCCAGCAAGUAGCAAAAGUGUUUGUUCUGCAUUUUAUUUAAGUGACGUGUACUUGCCAACAACGAAAACGGUAAGGAUUAGAUCUAGAACGUGAGUUUGCACGCAGUUGUUUACUAUGGCAACAAUUGAUAAGAAAGGGAUGAGAGCUCUGAUCCUGGUUGGAGGAUAUGGCACCAGGCUAAGGCCCCUCACCCUGAGCCGACCCAAGCCUCUGGUAGAGUUUGCCAACAAACCCAUACUGUUGCAUCAGAUUGAAGCCUUGGUGGAGGCUGGAGUCACAGAAGUCAUCUUGGCAGUAUCAUAUCAUGCUGAAGACAUGGAGAAAGAGUUGUCCGUAGAAGCAGACAGAUUGGGUAUUAGCAUUGUUUUCUCACAUGAAACUGAACCAUUAGGUACAGCUGGUCCCAUAGCCCUAGCACGAAAAAUUCUCAGCAAAAGCACAGAGCCCUUCUUUGUGCUGAACUCAGAUAUCAUCUGUGAUUUUCCAUUUAAAGAACUGGAACAGUACCACAAGAACCAUGGUAAGGAGGGAACCAUUGUAGUAACUAAGGUUGAAGAGCCUUCCAAGUAUGGUGUGGUUGUGUACAAAGAUAAUGGCCAAAUCGAGAGUUUUGUGGAGAAACCUCAGGAGUUCAUUUCAAACAAGAUCAAUGCAGGCAUUUAUAUACUCAACCCAAGCAUGAUUGAUAGAAUUGAACUUAAACCCACCUCCAUUGAAAAGGAAAUCUUCCCAGGCAUGGCACAAAGUGGACAGUUGUUUGCCUUCGAGCUGCAAGGCUUCUGGAUGGACAUUGGUCAACCCAAAGAUUUUCUUACAGGGAUGUGCAUGUAUCUAAAGGCUCUGCGUCAACGGGAGCCGGAGAGGCUCUACCAAGGACCCGGAGUACUCGGUAACGUUCUUGUAGAUCCAACGGCAAGAAUCGGUGCCGACUGUCAGAUUGGACCCGAUGUGACCAUUGGUCCUGGUGCUAUUAUACAAGACGGAGUGCGUGUUCAGCGCUGUACGAUUCUCAAAGAUGCAAAAAUACAUUCAUACACAAGGGUUGAGAAUUGCAUUGUCGGCUGGGAAUGUACUAUUGGCAAAUGGGUAACGAUUGAAGGGAUGUCAGUUCUUGGGAAGGAUGUGAUCGUCAAAGAUGAUGUGUACAUCAACGGUGGUCAGGUACUACCUCAUAAAUGCAUCGCAGCUUCCGUACCCGAACCGAGCAUCGUUAUGUGAUAAAAUACUACCCCGCAAAACAAGUAAUGAAAUCAUACAAACAUCACAUGGAUAGUUACGACAUCGAACAGCUAACAUAUACACGUAAUCAAGCGUGAUGGUUUCAAAAUAAAAUAAUGAAAAUUAAUGAUAAAUAAAGUAUAAGCAAACACCCAUGCCAUUUGUUUUCUACUUUUGUAAAUGGUCAAAUUGAACUCUCCUUCCACUAAUUUGUAAACGCAUUUUUAUUAAAGAUGGUAAUAAAAUUUAGAUUUAAAAACA